AAUAUAAAUAGAUACUAAAUGGAAGGCGGGCACAAGUACCGCGGCGUCCGGCAGCGGCCGUGGGGGAAGUUCGCGGCGGAGAUACGCGACCCCAACCGGAACGGCGCGCGCAUGUGGCUGGGCACCUUUGAGUCGGCGGAGGAGGCGGCGCGGGCCUACGAUAGGGCCGCGUAUGCGCUGAGAGGUCGUCAGGCCAUUCUCAACUUCCCCAACGACGGCCACUACGCCUCCCCCGCCCCAGCUGCUUCGUCUCAUCACGCCGAGUCCUCGUCUCGUUCCGCUGCAACGGAGGAGGAACGAGUGAUCGAGCUAGAGUAUUUUGAUAAUGACUUGCUGGAGGAUCUUCUUCAAACAAAGACCCGAGGGCAGGAUAGAUCUAAGUAGUAGUAGUAAUAUUCAUUUCAUUACUCUCUUUUUUUUCUAUUAUAUUUAAUAUGA